AUCAACCCAGUGAAAGUAAAGUUCAUCUCUAAUUUUGAUUAAAAUAGCAAACUGUGAAGUACUCAGAACUCUCAGAAGAUAUACUAACAAAGGUGCAGUGUUACAAUACGCACUUAGUUCGAAAUGGCAAAUCAAGAAUUUGAAAACGGAUUAGUUAUCAUGAUAGUUAAUGUGAUACUUAUUUGUAUAGCAGCCUUGGUAGCAGUCGCAAUGAUUUCUUUUUUCAUAGAAUGUGUAUCAAGAAUAUGGUCUAGUUUGUUCAGUGGUCCUCCAGAAGCACCUAAUUAUAACGUUCCUACAUUACGUGCAGAAACACAUGUUAAUAGACCCAAUUAUUAUUUGGGAACCAACAUAACCAGGGAGACCAAACGAGUUGUAGCUAUUGAUACGGAGUGCGUAGGCGCCGGUUUUAAGGGCAGCCAAUCGAUGUUAGCGAGAGUGUCCCUAGUUAACCGAAAUGGUCAAGUUUAUGACACGUUUGUGAAGCCAACAAUGCCAGUGACUGACUACAGGACAUUUGUUAGUGGAAUUCGUAGAGGAGACUUAGAAGAUGCUGCGGAUUACCUUUUCGUUAGAAUGAGUUCCACUAAACCAAGUCUAAAGUACUUAGCGAAGAAAUACUUGUACAGGGACAUACAAGUCAGAGAACAUUGCUCGAUAGAGGACGCGCAAGCCGCCAUGGAUCUUUACCAGCUGGUUGAAGAACAAUGGGAGAAAGAAAUGGCUUUUUAUUGAUACUUGAAGGGCGCAGUGUAAGGGACUAUCUACACAGGCGACGCAUGUCUUAAGACGAGGAACGGACGUCAGCGCCACGCCGCCCAAGUGUUAUUUAAAAAACGUCUUAUCAAUUCACUUUGUAUAGGAAGGACGUAAGACGCGCUCUCAUGCGACGUGGCGCGCGCCUCAAGCAACGCGUCGCGUCACUUGAGGCGUAAAUAUAUACAAAAUGUACUGAGGAGACGUUUUUAAAUUACACUUGGGCGGCGUGGCGCUGACGUCCGUUCUGUGUCUUAAGACAUGCGUCGCCUGAGUGUGUGGGUUGCCGCUAAGAGUAGUAACUCUUCUAACACAUGUACGCCGCGCGUAUGUGUGCGUGCUGUGUUCGCACGCAACAACUGUAAGCGUAGGAGAAUGAACGAGGAUGAAGCUAUCUCAUCCGCUUACCUGUGUGCUUGCGUCUCAGGCGAAGGAUACUAUAGACUUGACGUAAGCGUUCACCCGUAAGGGACAGAUAUAGAAUAAUGGAGCGAAUUUAAGAAGUACUUUAAAAAUGGCUGACA